UUCCUAAAGAAAUAGGGCAGCUUUAAAUAUAUUUCAUACACCCGCGCAAAUUAACACGAAAUUCAUCACUUCUCUCUUCGCUAUUGCUGGAUCGAUUCUCUCGUCGUUGCCGUUGCAGCAACCAUACACAUACCCCAGCGGGGGAAUUUAAACUCCUACGUGUAGUGAGGAGGUGAAGAACAUGAAAUACAAUUUUGACUUGUCAGAGCACCAUGACGAGGAGGAGGGCCGUCAGUCACAAACACCACCUUCAGCUUCAACACCCAAAGAACUCGAAUGGGUACCUUUACACCACCACCGUGUCUUUUAUGGUCCCAACAUAGAUUCUGCCACCCCCGCAAUGCCCAAAAAUCUUUUGUGUUGGGAUGGAGCUUCUCGUCUCUACUUUUGGGACUCUUACAAAAGAUGUUUGCAUCGACUCUCUGUUCGCUUGGGCGAACCGGACCCUACUUCCAUUCUUGCAGCUUCUUCCUCUAAGGUACUGCAAGCGGAUGUGGAAUUGAAUAUUGAGGUCCAACGAAUUUCCAUCAACAGAAAUGGAUCAGCGCUUCUUCUAGUUGGCUUGGAUGGUUUAUACGUCAUGUAUCUCUACGGGAGGACUUCGACGAAAGAAAAUACAAUUAUUUGCCGGACAAUUUUAGUUGGUUCAGAGAUCUGCUUUGACAGAAACAAUGCAAUACGCACGUUGAAGGUCUGUUGGCACCCUUACAGUGACACACAUCUUGGAAUCCUCUCUUCUGAUUCUGUUUUCAGGGUUUUUGAUUUGUCUUCAGCCCUUGGUCAGCCAGAGCAGGAGUAUUAUCUACAGCCUGUGGAGCCUGGCAGUUCGCACAAUGCUACAUCAAUCUGCCCUGUCGAUUUUUCUUUUGGGGGUGAUCAUAUGUGGGACAGGUUCAGUGUUUUCGUCUUAUUCAGUGAUGGCUCUGUUUACAUCCUAUGUCCUGUUGUUCCAUUUGGAAGUGUGUACAAAUGGGAAUCUGUACUGGAGUUAUAUAGUGAUGCUCAUAUGUUUGGUCUGAAAUCAACGAAUUCAAAAGCUGUGAAAAAGUCAAAUUUGGCAAUAUCUUGGUUGGAAGCAACAUUUCCUGAACUAACUCGGAAAGAAGUUCACGCGGAAACUGCUGCUGUUCUUAGAGCUCAGCCUUAUGCUUUAUUUGAUGCUUCAAUCUCAUUACAGGGACCUUUACGUAAAGUAAGUCACGGCGUUGAAGACAAAUCUGUUCAUCCUCCCGUUUGUGAAGGGCGUGCUGUCAGUUUUCUUUAUGAUUUAGUUAGCAAAGAUUCUAUCCUAGUAACUGCUUGGAGUGGCGGGCAGUUGCAGAUAGAUGCUUUAGCUGAUGAAGUACAGCCCGUCUGGAAAGUUGGUAGCCCACCUCAGGUUUGUCUGGAUUCAACUGAUAGUAUUGUUGGCCUUGCAAUGAUUUGCGAGUCAUUGUCUAGUGACACCUCCAUUUUGAAGCUUGAUCUACCACCUGAUCAUACCUUAUGGUUGGGGCAUCCACCUCCUCUUUUGAGGUUGGCUAUUGUGGAUUUAGCUCUGCCCAGAAGAAGCGGUUCUGUUUUAUCAAUGUUUGUUGAUCCCAUUAUUUCAGAAAGAAUAUAUUGCCUUCAUGAUGGAGGAAUUGAUUCAGUAGUGUUGCACUUUUUGCCUUUCACUAAUCAGAGUCGUGACAGAGAAGACAUGAGAAGUCCCUCUGUGCAUCCCGUUCUUAGCACUUUCCAAGGAGAAGCAUCCUCAGCCUUCCCACUUUCUGGUUUCUUGGCUCUGUCAGAUUCUUUUGGAGAUUCAUGGAUUGUGGCUCUUACUCCUUCUAAUGAGUGUAUAGUGGUUGAGAUGGAGACUUGGACUACACUUCUUCCCCCAGUUAUUGAUAAGGUUGACAAACACAUAGGCGCAGAAGUGCCAAAAGAUCCAGAUAUUUCUACGAUCAUAAGCAAAGAGCUCCUUACUGGCCCCAAGGUAGUUCUUUUGCCCCCUUCAUCGCCUCAUUUGCAGUCAGUUUCUGCGGAUUCAAUUGAAGGUCGAUCAACCCUUCAUCAGUAUUUCAAGCUUUUUCAUGAAAACUAUGUUGAAUAUGCCCACAAGGUGUACUUUGAGCUUCAACAUCAUGCACCUCAUGUAAAGAAGAUCAUAGAUGACCAGCAUUCUCGAUUGCGCAAAGCACAGCAGAAGAUUUUGGAUGUCGAAAGGAAACAGGAAAAGAUAGCUGAUCGUGUUGAGCAUGCAGUUCAGUUUCACAGUGAGCUAAAGGAGCGCUUGCAAAGCCUGGGACACCUGCCAGCAGCACAUAAGAGAUCUCUAUCUAAAGCUGAACGAGAGUUCAAGUCUGAACUUGACAGAUAUAGGGGAGUGGAGUUGGACGCACUGCACUCUUCUAUUGAAGCAGUAAAUGCCAGGUUGAAAAGAUACACACAUUCUCCACAGGCCAAUCGGUCAAAUGAACAGCGACAACUAUCUAUGAGGAGAAAAAGCCAUGUUCAAGAAAAUGAGAUGUCACUGCUUAAAGCAUCACUCGAAAAGCUCUCACUGGUGAACAUUGAAAAUGCAAAGAAGGUUAAAGCAGUUGAAUCAGCACUGAAAUGUCGAGAAAUAGGCACUUCAUGAUAUCACACUGGUUAUUUCCCUUAACUGCAUGACUAGGAUAGCAUGUUGAUUUUUGCUUCUGAUGCACAAGUCAGAAGGUUGGGAUGUACCACAAUCACAUUUGUAAGCAGCCUGAUUGCCUUUCCCAUUUUCUGACUAGUAAGUGUGAAACGAUUUUAGUCAUCUCCUCCUAGCGCAGGCCAGAAUGAUUCAUUGUUUUCGUCGUCGUCUUAGAUAACUGAAUGGAGCUGAGUCUUUUUUUGGAA